CCCGUCCGAAGUCAGUCUACUGUUAGCAGUCGGGAAAAUCGCAACUGAAUGGAAAUCGCCUUUUAUAUCGGUAUUUAAGCUCUAGAGUGUGUGAUUUCUGGGAAGUAAGAGGUUAGGAAAGUUUGUGUCAAAGGGUUCUUUUUUUGGCAUAAAGAGUUGUCCUUUUGGGAGAAUUUGAAGGUUCGGAUACGUUUUUCCUGAGUUUUUCGCGAAGUUCGGUUCGUUCGAUUGUUUCUGUUGAUAACAGUUCGCUCCCGUUUUAUUUUGUUUUUCGUUAUCGUGUGGAAAAUCCAGCGCGUGAAGGAAAAUUAAGCACAUUUUCCACAAUCAAAGUGACUUCGUGUUUGUUUCGUGGACAAUUGUCGUAUGUGCACUUUUCGUCGUUACGACUAAUUGCGAGUGAGCUGGGUAUUGAUUUUCGUUCGAGUCGUUAAGUUUCGAGUCACUUUUGGAGGGAGUGAGGAAAAAAGUUGUUUUGCCGUUUUUAAUAUUGUUGCUAGUUUGUUGGGCCAAACAAAUUUCUGCCUCGUUCGACGGUUUCCAACGUUGGCAAGCGAGAAAUAAUUCAGCACAACCGGAUCGAGCAGACGCAAGCAACUGUUGGAAGUUGGUCAAAUACGGUGCGAAGCGAUGUUCCAACUUUAGAAGAAACAGUUCGAGUUUUGUAAAGUCGAAGUACACAACUCUGUACAGUUCCGUGUUAGCGUGUACACACCAAUUGCAAUAAUUACAUAGUCCCUCGGUAGUUGAGAUCCAGUGCGAUAUUGGAUCACGAAAAUAGCAGAGUUCGAGUGUGGGAAAAAAAAUCUAACAAAACCGGUGUUCAAGCAGUUGGAGCAGCAAGUGCUUUCAUGAGCUCAAGUCACCAACAGUGAAGGAAAAGCAGCGUGAAGAAUCUACCCUCACGAGAGAGAGAGAGAGAGUGUAAGAAGAGCUCAAGAAUCGUUUACGACCUGUUACCUCAAGGUACCAACAUCUGGAGAAGCAGCAUAAAACGUAAAAUAAUAAAAGAAAAGCUCCGACUUGAGCGAACAGCUUUCGCGUUCCCAUUCGGUGGAAUUUUACGAGAAUUUAAGUAAAAAAAGCUUGAAUAAAGAUAGAGAAGGAGAAAAAAUAAACAGAUAAUAGCAUAACUAAUCGCGCAAAAGGUAAAUAAACUAAAGCAUAACUAUCCAAUUCGAGUCAGAGUCAGAGUCUCGGAAGAAGCAACAAAAAAAAGAAGAAGAAGAGUUGUAACGUGAAUCGCACCAGCGCCAAGAGUUUCAAUCAAAAUAUUUUUGCCAGCACUGUGUGAAGCAGUGGAAUUUUUAAUCUUGCCCCAGGUGGAAACGCUGGCGUGAUUUUUCCACCCAACAAUAUCGGAGGAAAACGCGAAAUUGGAGCUACCACCACACCGCGAGGAAAGCAACCAAACACAAGCACCCAAUUCUGUCUAGCCGUUUGAAUUCGCUGGGAAAUCCAAUUACAACUCGGACUUUGAAUCGACACAUGGUGUUCGAUUCAAUAGUGCGUCCAUAAAUUCCGUCACCAUUUCGUCGACCGUGGUGAAACGCAGGCCAGCGCCGCAAAUCACGGUAGCGAGCGCCCCGCAAGUCCUAUCGCCGAAGCGACUGUGCACGAACUCGCUGGCCGGUGCCGGUGCGACCAUUCCGGCCUUAGGUAGCUGCCUCGUGCCCGCCCAUCCACCGGCUUCGGCCGCUGCCGCCGCAGCCGCUCUGUUGCACCACCACAACCAACUGCAACAGCAGCAACAGCAGCAGCAGCAGCAACAACAGUUCCAGCAGCACCACCAGUUGCUGGUAGAUUCUGCCAACGCAGCCGCCGCCGCCGCCGCAGCAGUCGCCGUAUCGCAAGCCCAUCAACAGCAGCAGCAGCCAAUGUUCACAUCACCAAUCGUCGCCCAAUCCAAUCCGGCUGUCAGUACACAGUCCAUCAACGGUUCGCUCAGCGGCGUCGUCAACAGCGUCAACAACAACCACAGCCUCGUCGGCCAGAGCCAGAACAGUCUUGUCGGUGCGCCCGGCAGUCAGGUCAACAAAAUGGACACCUCGAUGGGACAGAUGACACCGAUGGCACCGUUGGCGCUGUCGCAGAGCAUGGACUCGGUCAACACGGCCAGCAACGAAGAAGAGGUUCGAACCCUGUUCGUCAGUGGGCUGCCGAUGGACGCAAAGCCCCGAGAGCUGUACCUGCUGUUCAGAGCCUACGAGGGAUACGAGGGAUCCCUGCUGAAGGUUACCAGCAAAAAUGGAAAAACAGCUUCGCCUGUGGGUUUCGUCACGUUCAGCACACGGUCCGGGGCCGAAGCUGCGAAGCAGGAUCUACAGCAAGGUGUACGCUUCGAUCCUGAUAUGCCCCAAACAAUACGCUUGGAAUUCGCCAAGAGUAACACUAAAGUGAGCAAACCAAAACCACAACCUAAUACAGCGGCCACAGCUGCACAUCCUGCAUUGAUGCACCCACUUACUGCUGGACACCUAGGUACUCCGUUUUUUCCUGGGGGCCACGAGCUAUGGCAUCAUCCGUUAGCGUUUUCGGCAGCCGCCGGUGAGCUGCCCAGUGCUGCCGCCCUGCAGCACGCCACCCUGGUCCAUCCGGCACUGCAUCCUCAGGUCCCGCAACAAAUGCAAAUGCCACACCCGUCAGCAAUACAUCCGGCGUCUAUGCACGUGUCGGCCGGGCUGCCAGCGAACCAUUUUUUACCGAGCCCGGCGCUGGCGAGCCCGGUUGGCAGCACCGGUGGCAACCCGGCCCCGAAUCCGCCCCUCGCGGCCAAUGCCCCCUGUUCGACCCUGUUUGUUGCUAACCUGGGCCAGUUCGUGUCCGAACACGAGCUCAAAGAGAUAUUCGCUAGUCUGCCUGGCUUUAGUCGCCUCCGUAUGCACAGUAAGGGCACCUCCAUCGCUGCUACCAAUACUACUACUACUCCCACUAUGAACGCUAACGCUGCUGCUGCUGGUAACCACUACCAUGCCGCCGUCAACAACAACAACAUCGCCAACUUUAUCAACAACAACAUGGCCGCCGCAGCCACCACCACCACCGUGCCGGUUGCGUUCGUCGAGUUCAAGGACGUGGCCACGGCGGCGGCCGCCAUGAGCGCCCUCCAGGGCAAGUUCCUGCUCUCGUCGGACCGGGGCGCGAUGCGGAUCGAGUUCGCCAAGUCCAAGAUGGCCGCCGACGCACCGUCCCACCACUUUUACCACCUGCACAUGCAGCAGAGAGAAGGGAGCGGGUAUGGAGCCAAGAAUGGAACACCAUUUGGGGAAGAAGAGUGAACGAACCGAUCUCAACACGUAUCUAAUGGCAACAACUUGACAGCAGCAGCAGCAGCAACAGCACCAGCAACAACACCAUCAUCAACAGCAAACUCAUCAACAUCUGCAAACCACCGCCUACGGCACUAACGGAUCUACCGGGCUAGGCUACGGCAACGGGCUGUACCAGUUGGCCACCGCCAUUCCGCGAGCAUGAUUCGUCGACAUCGUCUAGAGCAGAUCUGCCCGCGUGGAACGAGUUAUCUUCUAUGUUUUUACUUUGUUUACAAACCGCAAAGUCACAAGUUUUUUCUUUUUGUCGGAGAAAAUGAGAGAAUGUGAUAUGGAACCUGAUCAUCCGGAUUAUUCAGCUGAUUACGAAGAACCAAAUGUGCCCUAACAACCGUUGAAUAAUGAAAUACUUUGUUGACCGUUUGGUUUCCCCAUUUUUCGAUUGAUUGUUGUAUUUUUAGAACCUUUUUGUUGAUCGUACAAAAUUACCUUGAUGGAGGAGCAAGCAUGUGUGUAGGAAUGAAGGUACGAAAAUAUAUAGAAGAAAAUAAACAUGUGAUUAGGGUUUCAAGACGUUACAUUUAUUUUUGCGAGACUACGAACACAAGGAAGAACAACAACAACGGUAGUUUUUUAGAAAAAACAACGGCAACAAGCAAUAACAGUUUAUUGUAAAUGAAAAUAUCCAUACAUAUCAAGGGGAUUUAUAUAGAGGUAACGCAAAAAAAAAAAAUCAACUGAAACGAGAAUGAUAGUUUGUAAAACUGAACGCGCGUGUACUAGAUUUGUAAGGUUCAAAAACACAUGGUAGAGAUAUCGAGUGAUACGCAGGGUCGCAGUAGGCGAUGCUACGAUCGGGAGGUACUUCGACGGAAAGGUCCGGCAGGUAGGCAGUGUUGUAGAUCACUCAUUUCACCCAACCCCCUAACGUUAGCCUAUUCUGGUGAGAUUCAAGUAGUAGAGCUGCAACUUUGGCUGGCAAACAAGCUUGCUUGCGGCUAUCUAACAGACAACACACACACAACCUUAAGCAGAGGAUUAAUCAACUACCCCCUUUACCAAAUUUAACCUUAUCCCAAAAAUUAAACAAAUAUAAAGUUAAUGCAACAACUUACACUAGAGGUAACCAUUGUUUAGCGUGUAAUAUCUCACAAAGUGGCCAGCUGCGGUCCGCCAUCUGUGGAAGUCUCCAGCAAAGCUCGUGUCAGUUACCGUCAAUUAGAUACUACUAGAGGACACCAAAGAAUUUUACAAGUUCCUACCAAAAAAAAAGCGAGGAAACAAUUUUAAGACAAAUUUCUCAAUCACAGAAGCUACAUCAUACCAAAGCAUAGCAAAGGAAUGUAAAAUUGGACAACACUCAAGGAACCACUUGGAAGCAAACAAAAUCAACCACGUCGAGAUGCUGGCGGAUUUCCGCAGAGGUCCGGACCCCACUUGGCGUUCGUUAUUGUAAACUGUCAUUGAAACACGCAUGAACACAUGAACAUAGCAAUAAGUAGUGAAACUAUAUUUAGGUGUAUGAUUUAGUGAGUGAACCUAGGCUUCUAAGUAUUUCCGUAUAGACAUUGACACAACAACUUUCAGAAGAAUGAAACAGCAAGAACAAUGCGAGGAGCGAGGCGGGCUCAGCAACCCCGCCAGGGGUGCGCUGACCCAAGGUAGCAGGCGUGCGAUCCGGAACUCGUGCAAGAGUCCGGAGUACCACAACCGGCAAGGUAGAGAAGAAAAAAUCAGCAAGAAGAAGCGAAUAAUCAUUCCGUCCAAUACAGUGUGUAGUUAAAUCGGAUGGGUGCGGAUCUGUUCUCAAGACGACAAUCUGCAUCUUACUCCGGGCCUGCGCAGGGGUUCAGGGCUCUAAGGAACAUCGAGGCCGGCCAAUCGGGCCGAAGCCUGUCCGGCCCUUGCGUGGGAGCAAAAUUUCAUACAUAUCAGCUUUUGGGUUAAACUUUUAAGCGUAGCAUAAACCAUGAAAACAGUUAGCUUAAGGAAACCCCCCCUAAUCUUUAAGUGACACACACACAUUUAUCGACUCAAGAAUUAAGCAAAUUAAAGCAACAGACAACUGCUUGCCGAGGAGACCAACUGCUGACAAUGCUAGACGAGCGAGCUGAAUAGAAGACGUCAGAUGCGGAGUUUGGUGGUUUGUUUGGUUGCCGUAAUCGCCAUUUCGUUAGAAAUUAAACGCCUUUUUGAAGCUGUUUGAUGACAGCUGUCCGUUUAACGGCGGAUAGCUGAACUGUCAAACGAAACAGUAGAUCGUUUAACGGCGUACUUUGUUUGACAGUUUGCGGGUGAGAAUUUAGGUUACCUCUUUGAUGAUUUUUAUUGAACUGCCUUGAUUCAAGCAAUGAAAACAAAAAAAUGAUGGCCGACUCGAUCCAAUCGAUGCAGAACACAGUGUUUUAAAGCGCAAAAAAUGCUCAUUUUUUAUGCUCUAUAUGUUCGGAUCCGUCAAACAAAUUCAAGCAAAACAGUGUAAAAGUAUUGAAAAGGGUCUGUAAAUAAACAGUUCAUCCUAAUUAUAUCAGACGUAAAAGAUUUAUGAAAGUGCGCAGGAUGCACUGUUUGUUGAUAGACAAACUACGAUCCUUUUACACACUUUUACAAAGAACUACUUUUAUAAAUUUUUAUUCAAGAAACAUUCUGACAAUUUCAAAAGAACCUGGCUAGCUUGUCGCUAAUGUAAACAAAGAUGUACGAUGUGAUUUGUUUUCAUUUUAUCGACUCCCCUAAGCACACGUUGAAGCAUACAAAAUUGCUGCCGAAUCUUUUCCGAAAGAGAUCCGGAAACAAAAUCCGGCAGCAAGGUUAAGCUGAUUAAAUUUUGAAGUUAGCUGAAGUAGUCCAAAAGUUUGGUUUUCGACUUUCUUCAUGACAGAGGAGAAGUUGCGUGUCAUGCCGUCUGUACCGAUGAUAGCGCCACUGUUUUGAUUUCAGUUUGGUCGCAAAGUUAAGGGCAGGUAACUCAACGUCACCCAACCAAAGUCAAUCAACAUUGAGGUAACGUAAACUCAGGCUCGAAAACUGUCAAAAUUUGAAUCCAAAUGCUAACAAAAUGGCGGUUGCGUCAAGUUGGCAAGACGCUUCGAAAGCAUCUAUCUGGAAUUAACAGUAGGAUAUGUAGCUUGAAUGAAUGUUAUUGUAAUAAAAUAUGUGAUAAAUGACUUAGCAAAAAAAAAGGAUGUUGAACAAAGCCGCAAAAAUUUACAGAGAAAAAGCAAACUUGACAAACUUUUUGUGAUCAAUCACAAGAGAGUCAGGUUUGAGCCCAAAAAAAGAAAAACAACUAAAACAACUGACGUUUUAACAAACCGGAAAAUUCAGCAAACAACAAAUGUUUCACUUGUUUAUAUGUACACGGCUUAGUGAGUGUAGGUGUAACUUUUAGUAACCGGAAGAUAUCGUUUCAAGCAGAGACAAACAAAAAAAAACAAGAAAAAACAACACCGUAUAAAUGAAUGGAACUAAUUUUAAGGACCUCCAUACAGGCGCGUUUUUUGAACGAUCUUUUUUAGCGUUUAGUGAAUGUGUCGGAUUUACUAAUCAAACUUUAAAUGCCUUCUAGCUUUAUUUUACACACAACUUGUUGACUAUACCGCUGAUCUUUGCGACGCUAAGUUUCAUAAAUCUGUCUGGUUUUUGGGUUUUGAUUCAUCCGUUUUGUGAGAAAGACAAAGCAGAAAAACUACAAAAAAUAUCCCCCAAAAAUAAACAAACAAAAAAAAACACACGCAAGCUAGACUAAUUAACGAUAUAAAAGAAAAUAUUCAAUGGGAAAAAAGUGUUACGAUAAAUCAACAAUUCAAACAUAUCAAUUUCGUGCCCGAUCAUAUUGAAGAGAAAUUUAUUGAUGAAAUGUAAGCAAAUAUUAUUAACAGUAGCUGACGAGAAUAUAAUAUAUUAACUAUACAUUUAUUAACUACUAUGAUGAAACAAAAGAGGAAGAAAAAUAUCACUUAAAGUAACAAAAAAAAACAAUUAAAUAAUACGCUGCAAACAAUGUGAACAUGUUAAGCAAAAACAAAAGAAAAUAUUGAUGUAUCUGUUCGAUUAAUUACGCUAAGAUCAACACCGAAAUCGGUCAAAAACAAACACAUUACACAUACACACACACAUACCUACAAACAACACACGUACUACUUUUUAAAAGCUGUCGCUUCAUUUUCCGUCCCGAGGCUAGACCACAAACCAAAACAAACCCUAUAAAAACAAUAACAAUGCCACCCACACACGCACGCGCUUCAAGACGAAAACUUUCGAAAUUUAAAAGAAUGAAAAACAAACAAAAGAAAAACUAUGAGCUUCUCCACCCUUGAAACUGAAAUUCGUGAUUUUGACAAUCAAUUGCAACCAUCUUUACAGCGAGGGCGCGCUGGCAACACUGUCGGGGCGCGAUCGCAAACGAGCACCUUUUUACGCACCGAAUGACAAGAAAAAGAACAAAAAAAAAAACGAGAAUUCCCGAUCCUCGGGAUUCGAACUGACGACGGCGCGGUGUGAAUGGUGGGAGGGUUGGUUGAACGGCUUGGUCUGGCCUCUUUUUAGCUCUAAUUUUAAGUUUUGGCUUUUUCUGUCCUGUUCUCUCAAAUUUGUUGAAGAAAAAAAUUAACCAAAGAUAUGUAUUUUAUUAUUUAAAUUAUUUAUUUAUUCUAAAAGCCAAUGCUAAUUUAUUUUAAUGCUUUAUUUCUAAUUAAACAAAUUAUAUGUAGCGGUAAACAUGAUUAUAUAUUUUGUUUGGAUACAUGAUACUAAAAUAUUAAAAUUGAUAAGCAGUGAAUAUUUAGCUAUAGCGUAUGUAGUACAAUGGAAUGUAAUAUCUAGACAAAACAAAAUCAUAGAAGGAUGUUAAUUAAACAAAUUUAACAUAUGUCAAAACAGUUUCGACAACUAUUCAAUAACCACAUGAGUUUGGAACCGAAAAAAUAAGGAACGAGAACUUUAGUGUUGACGUGCAGCAAGGCAAAGUUUGACCCUAAGACCUUUCGCUUAACGACUCGUCAACGGAGCAGAAUAACAUACGCUGAUCUACUACGGCAAAUACAAGCAAUUAAACUUACGCUAUCUCACUUGUUUUGUUUGUACACAUACCAGAUUCGAUAUAACUAACAAGAAGACAUAAGCAAGUAAUGGAACAUCGCAAAAAGAAACAAAGAAAACAAACUCACAAAUAUCUUAAUACGAUAACUGUUAUCAAUUUAUAUAGAACGGAAUGAAAUGAGUAACAAAAGAAGCAAAAAAAAAAAUAAAGAAAAUGACAAUUCUACCAAAAACGCCUUCAGCGACAUCUACAAACUCGUAGCUGAGACUCUUACCUAGUCAAAUAUUUUUAUAACUAAACAAAACAAUAAGGGAAUAAAACCAACCAACAAUUCUGGCAACACGGGUCGCGCGCGCUCGCGAUCCGACUUUAGGCUCGAGCUCACCCUCACCAGCACACUUUAAUCGCUUCUCAGCAAACAGAAAUUUACUUUUCUCUGUUUUCUCCCCCCACGACAAAAAAAUCGCACGCAACUGGCAACACUUCCCCCUGCAGCGCAACUGUCAUUUCUCUAUCGCGAUGUCACCCACAACACUGACACAAUCUUUCGCAUGAAUCUCCCCGGAGGUAACAAACACACACACACAGACACCAAAGUGUUGCGAAAAUGUUUCAUGAAAAACUGUCAACAGCAAACAAAGCAAAUUGAGUCAAACUUUUGUUUUCUUGUGAUUAUCGAAUAUGCACGAACACACACACACCAAGGUAAAAGCGCCGUCAAAAGAAAAAAAUAAGCAGCAACACACAAAUACACUUACAUAAACAUAAACACUAGCGCAGUGACACUUGUUUAAGGUAAAAGUUAUGAAAUUGCACAGAAUUAGUGACAAGUUUAAGGAAGUUCUUCGGUUUGAGGUUACUACCUACACACCCCAAACAAAUACAAACAAAGCAAAAUCUCUACGUUUGUAUUAAUGGUGCACAAUGUUCUCUAUUGUUUUACUCUUUUAAAUCCCUCUCUAUCUCGAUAAGUCACCCGCUCCACCCCCCUCCCUCCACUUUCUUUUAACGCGUUUGUUUAUUUGAUUUUGGUUUUACACUCUUUCUUUAGAUGUUUUCAAUUAUCUGACGGUACAUUGUUGUUGAAAGAAUUGAAAUGAUUUCGAUAAUAAUUUUAACUGUACGAUAUAUGAACAAGAGGAAAUUUUUGACAAAUAUUUUUAUCUAUUCUUAAAAAGUGAUAAAGUAUAUUGAAGUAAAGAGAAAAAAAACAAGAAGAAUGGAAAUAAUAUUGAAACUUUUUAUGAAAAUCUUAUAUAUUAUUGUAAUAGUACUAGAUCAAAAAGUGGUUUAACAGCAGACGAAGUAAAAAGAAGAUGGUGAAGAAAGACGAAGAAGAAAGUAAUAAACUAAAUUAAUAUAUUAAGCGGACAAGCAGCAUAAUAAGGCGCUGAACAGAAUCUCAAUCCGCUUGCAGAGAGUGGAGCUGAAAAAAAGAGAAUCUUUCAUGAUGAAUGUGAUUAACGUGUUUUUCUUUGUAAGCUAGAAUUUGUUCCAAAGAUUAUUUUCCCUUUUACGUUUAGAAUUUUUAAAGACACUCGUGUUUUCUUUCGUAUUUUUGCGAUAAGUUUUAUGACGUUCCAGCCUGCGGCUGCCCAGCGCUGAGUAGAAGUGAGUGUAAUGGUUUCAUCAAAAGAAAGAGUCCCCGUUACUCUUCACACAUGUUUAACGUACACAAAUAAAAGCACAUUACAUGACUGACCUCAAGUCACCCCAACUCAUACUCAAAAUUAGCCUUCUACAAUUCAUUACCAUAAAAUAACUGAAAAAAAAAACUAAAGUAUUACGAGCUUUUCCGAAACUUUUAACCUCCUUCCCCGUUUUCCCCUCAAAAGUAAAAAAAAAAUGCAAUUUUGCUCACCUAGCUUGACUGGCAGCACUGGAACGUCGCAUCACUUAAUUAUUGUGCACUGUUAUAUUUUUAAUAGAAGAAAACUCCUAAUCGAAACUACUGUUCUGAAUUGUUAGCUUUUCAGUUUCUCAAUUUUUCUCUCACUGUCUCACACACACACACGGCAUCUUUUGCGUUUCGGUUCGACUCUUUAUUUCACAAGAGCACUGUUUGUGUUUCUCGUUUGAGCGAGCUCAAAACUCUUCUUUCUGAACAAACUUUGAAAAGAGAAAAAAAAUCUUUAUUGAGAGCUUUUCGUUUCGUCAACUCUUCAUUUAUCAUCUACCUUUCGUUUUAUCUUCUUCUUUUCCAAGAAGACAUACAAUUCAGAACAGGAAUGGCCUUAAAUACAAUUUUUAAAGAAAAUAUAAGAAUAAUAUGUAAUAAAAAUAAAAGAAAGGAUAUUUAAAUUGAUUUUUUAAGGUUUUUAACAAAGACGACAAGGAAAAUUCAAUUAACAUACAUAACAUAAAAUAUUACUUUAACAAAACUUUAAAAAAUAUCAAACAAUACACACAAGGAAAUCAUUCAAACCAAACAAAACAGUUUACGAAUAUGGAUCAACGCAAGAAAAAGUUAGCAAUUAACCGUUACGAAGAAAAAAAAUAAAACUCAUUAUAUUCAAAACCCCUACGUCCCAGACCUGAAUGUUUAAUUUUCGAGAUAAAAAAAAACAAAACAACAAACGAUCCACACAAUGACAGAAAGAGAAAAAUGGCAAAAAUAGAAAACGAUCAAACAGUCAUUCCAAGGAAAAAUCAGUGAGAUGAUUCAAAGAGACAGCCGUGAUAAUGAAGUGAAGAAAUUUAAGGGAUGACUCAAGAAUAAUGAUAAAAAGCACACUGAAAUGUAUCUCAGCGAAAGAGUUGCAAAAAGAAAUAUACAAAAGGCGCACUCACGCGAGAGAAUGUCACCAAACGCACUCUCUCUCGCUCACACAUACAUACACGUACACAAACUGAAACGAGCGAGCAAGGCAAGAAAGAACAAAAAUCCAGGUGAAAAUUGAUUUGACAAAAAUAAACAAAACAUAACAUUACACAAAUCGAACCAUCUUUUCAUCCUGGCAUCUAACCAAAGCGAGAAACCGGAGUUAAACAACAUAACACGCAAGUAACGAUAACGAGACAAACAAAAAAGAAGAGGAAAACCAAACAAAUGAUGGAAGAAAAACAACUGUACUAACUAUCAAAUGCUAGAUAUAAUUAACAUUGUAUAGGGUCCAAAGGUGGGGAAAAAGUAAUGAAUAAAUUACAAAUAAAUUAAAUAUGUAAUAACAUAAA